AUGUCUAACAACACGACAGUUGAGCCGAACGUGACAAAUACCACGCCAGAGUUUGACUGGGAGCCGUAUUUCUACGCGAGUUCCCCGUAUGGAGAACUCCAGCUCGUGUACCUGGGCGGCUCGCUGCUGCUGGCGGUUGUCGGGAACACCGCGGUGCUGCUGACCGUCCUUCUCACAGAGGACCUCCAGACGCCGGGAAACGUCCUGCUCUGUGCGCUGGCAGUCUCCGACAUCUUCCAGGCCGUCAGCAAGAUUGCGGUGGCCAUGUAUUUCCUGGUCAUACAAGAGUCGCUAUCUUGUGGUCCUUUCCAAGUGGCAGCCAGCUUCGCGUACCUUUUCUUCGUGAUGUUCUCCAUCUGUAUCAUCGCACCCAUCUCACUGGAUAGAUACUGGUUCAUCAAUUCCCCCCUACGUUACCGGAACAUCAUGACCAUGCCCCGCACGGCACUGCUGACAGGGGCUGCCGCACUCCUGGCCUUCAUCGCUGUAGUUCCACCUUUAAUCGAAGGAGGGCGUGACAGCUUCUUCCCGACCUUCUUCAUGUGCAGAUAUGAAGGAUUCGCUAGGCUGAUCAGACAGGGUCUGAUUAACAUCUUGUUCGUCGGUACCUUGGUGGUGAUGUUCGUCUGUUACUACAAGAUUUGGCGCGAGGUCAGGCGUCAACAGGCCAUCGUUCGGAAUCUGCAGCCCGCACCGCUGGCCGAGAGGACUCUGGGAACGUCAACAUCAGGAGUGGAGACUCAACUCACUACAGCCGAACAACCUGGGGACGAGAGUGGCCCAUCAGACCUUGGGAACAAGUGGGCGUACCCUCGCCACGCUCACGUCAACCUCGGCUUGCAGAUGGACGAUGAGACCGGAGCUGCAGAAGAGCCACCUGUCCAAGAUGACCCUCGGCGUAACGCUGUUGUCCAGCUGCCGGCUAAACCUGCACCUGAACCGGCCCGUCCGCUCCUCUCUCCGGAGUUCCAGCAGCGCCUGAGAACGGUCGGUACGGUCAUGAUGGUUGUUGUGGUGUUCUGGGCAACCUGGAUCCCUUACAGCGUCACAAUGCUCCGUAUGGGUACCGUGGGGGUGGAGGAAGGCGCACCAACCGACGCAGUGUGGCAGAGACUGUCAGUACUCCUCUCCCUGGUCGCCACCUUCUCCAAUCCCAUCAUCUAUGCCUACCGGAACAGGGAGAUGCGCCAGGCGUUCCUCCGACUCUGGCGCCACCGUUGACUAUUAAACAUUAAAUCUAUGCUUCUGUCCUUACAACAGACAAAAUCACAUACAAACGUCUAUGAAACAACCCCCCAGGGAAAACUCAGAUGAUACAACAUGUAUUACGCGUGCAGGGAAAAAUUCCUGACAUGCCUACGUAAUUUUGGGAAUUCUUGUCAAACGGACGCACACUAUACUUUUUGGCUAGCCCCUGAGGCGUCGCCAAAAAAUUCUAAAAAAGAUUUUCCACAAGACGGAGACAGCAACUAUGGGGUAACGAUUACUUCACCAUAACAGACAGACACUUAAAAAUUUAGAUGGGGUAGUGUUGGGUAGAGAGAGAGGUCCUUAGUUCGAAUCUGUUAAUAUGCAUAAUCUGUUAAAAUUAUUUGCACGGGACACUCCACACCACAAUUCAUUCAGGUGGCAUUCCAAUACAGAAGCGAGGCUAAUUUCCAUACGUUUGGCUAAAUUACAUCAUAUCUAUUUUCGGCAAUAAUCAUUUUGUGAACCUAAUAACCCCCAUACGGACCCACUUGUAAUGUACUGCAGCGUUAGUUUGUAUAGUCGACUUACGUCACAGGUACUUUCUCGGUAACCAACCCACGCCGACACAGAAAGACCAAAAUGAGUCUAUAUAGCCAGUCUUCAUAAAACAAUGUAAAAAGUCCUUUUCUCGAAAAAAAUGGCAUUUCUAUUUAGAUGUUACUGACAAGGAUUCUGGCAAUUUUAUUCUGUUAGAAUAAUGGACCUUUUGCUAUGUUUGGAGUGUAGGAUAUACUGUAAAGGAUUAAAGUAUUGUUUGUAAGAAUGUCAUGUGUUUUGAGAUUGUAUGGAACCAAAAUCUGAUCUUACGUCAGGGUGUGUUGGCGUCAAGACGUCUUAUACGCCUUAGUUAGGCCAUGGCAAUUCGAUUAUUUGGUAAAAUUCUAUGGACAAACAAAAACUGGUGCGAGGAAAAGAACAGAAUUAUGAAAAAAAACUGCCUUCUUUCUGAAAUCUAACUGGUCAGGAAGGUUGAACACAUCUUUUUAAUGAUUUUGCAAUUUAAAUUGAAAUUUUACGACAUUAGACUGAGCUUAUCAAUACUUACAUGCAGCAUGUACUUCCUCAUUUUCCUGCAGCUUUGUAUAGAAAACCAACUCGCGCUCAGAUGCCAUUCAUGUAUCCGAAUAAAUAUAACCUUUGACGAAUCAGCAGUAUCAACAAUUAUGUAAUAGCGAUUAUUGUCACAUAGCGAUAAGUAUAAAUGUCUUUAAA